AUGCUGCAAGAUAAUAUGCAGAGUGUUGAAUUGAAGAGUGAAGAUGUUGACUUCUUGAAAGGGAUUUUCAAAUGGUUUGAUUCUAACAAGAUGGAGGAGCUUGACUUGACUGUGUUGUGGGCAAUGGCGGAAGAUUCACCUGGAAUGAGCUGUAAAAUUUGGAAGAAAUUGUGGUCAAUAUUGAAGAGGUCUUCAAUCGUGAGGGCUAAACUGAGAAUGGAAAGAAAACAAAUAUCGCCCAGGAAGAGAGAGAAGGGAGAUCGAGGCUGCCUUCAUCUCGCUCUCAAUAAAUCAGAAAAUAAAGAUAUGAUCAUUCAACUUCACUGGCAUUUGGGUGAACCAUUGAAUGUGUUUCUAUUAUCGAAUCUGAGAGGUCCAGUUUAUUAUGCUAGAUGGACAGGGUUGCUGAAGUACAUUUUAUUUGUUUUAUCAGUAAAAAAAGGUAUAUACAGUCGGAUGUUGAGGAAGGUAGACUGGUAUAGGAUCUUCAACUGCAGUCUCUACAAAUCCACUCACUUUGCUUCAAGAACACGCACAAGUGAAGAAGAAGUUUUUGGAAUGGGUAGGUGA